GCAGCCCCGGGGGAGGUCGGCGGCGGCGCCGCAGUCGUGGAGGGACGGUGGGAGCGUAAGCGGCCGCGGGCGACGCAAGUUCCGCAAGGAGCUCUCCUUGCUCGCCUCACGCUUCUCCUUCCUCUCGCCUAGUCGCGUGCUGCUUCCCGACCGCAGCUCUUCUUGUGAGAGCUUUCGGAGUGCGGUUGCUGAGGAGAAGCCGUCGCCACCCCGCCUCGGGGCCGACUGACGGUGCCUGUCGCGCCGCGUCGCCCCCUGCGCCGCCUCCUUGCCCCCAGCGGCGGGCGCCCUUCUCACUGGAAGCACUCCCCCCAGCUCCAUGAAUGGAAAUCGGCUCCGCAGGACCCGUUGGGGCCCAGCCCCUACUCAUGGUGCCCAGAAGACCUGGCUAUGGCACCAUGGGCAAACCCAUUAAAUUGCUGGCUAACUGUUUUCAAGUCGAAAUCCCAAAGAUUGAUGUCUACCUCUAUGAGGUAGAUAUUAAACCAGACAAGUGUCCUAGGAGAGUGAACAGGGAGGUAGUUGACUCAAUGGUUCAGCAUUUUAAAGUAACUAUAUUUGGGGACCGAAGACCAGUUUAUGAUGGAAAAAGAAGCCUUUACACAGCCAAUCCACUUCCUGUGGCAACUACUGGGGUAGAUUUAGAUGUUACUUUACCUGGGGAAGGUGGAAAAGAUCGACCUUUCAAGGUGUCAAUCAAAUUUGUGUCUCGGGUGAGUUGGCACCUACUACAUGAAGUACUGACAGGACGGACCUUGCCUGAGCCACUGGAGUUAGACAAGCCAAUCAGCACUAAUCCUGUCCAUGCCGUUGAUGUGGUGCUACGACAUCUGCCCUCCAUGAAAUAUACACCUGUGGGGCGUUCCUUUUUCUCAGCUCCAGAAGGAUAUGACCACCCUCUAGGAGGGGGCAGGGAAGUAUGGUUCGGAUUCCAUCAGUCUGUUCGGCCUGCCAUGUGGAAAAUGAUGCUUAAUAUUGAUGUUUCUGCCACUGCCUUCUACAAAGCACAACCUGUAAUUCAGUUCAUGUGUGAAGUUCUUGACAUUCAUAAUAUUGAUGAGCAACCAAGACCUCUGACUGAUUCUCAUCGGGUAAAGUUCACCAAAGAGAUAAAAGGUCUGAAGGUUGAAGUGACUCAUUGUGGAACAAUGAGACGGAAAUACCGUGUUUGUAAUGUAACAAGAAGACCUGCCAGUCAUCAAACCUUUCCUUUACAGUUAGAAAAUGGCCAAACUGUGGAGAGAACAGUAGCACAGUAUUUCAGAGAAAAAUAUACUCUUCAGCUGAAGUACCCGCACCUUCCCUGUCUGCAAGUGGGACAGGAACAGAAACAUACCUAUCUGCCACUAGAAGUCUGUAAUAUUGUGGCAGGGCAACGAUGUAUCAAGAAGCUAACGGACAAUCAGACUUCUACUAUGAUCAAAGCAACAGCAAGAUCUGCGCCAGAUAGACAGGAGGAAAUUAGCAGACUGGUAAGAAGUGCAAAUUAUGAAACAGAUCCAUUUGUUCAGGAGUUUCAAUUUAAGGUUCGAGAUGAAAUGGCCCAUGUAACCGGACGAGUACUUCCAGCACCUAUGCUCCAAUAUGGAGGACGGAAUCGGACAGUAGCAACGCCAAGCCACGGAGUCUGGGACAUGCGAGGGAAACAGUUCCACACAGGAGUUGAAAUCAAAAUGUGGGCUAUAGCUUGUUUUGCCACACAGAGGCAGUGCAGAGAAGAAAUAUUGAAGGGUUUUACGGACCAGCUGCGUAAGAUUUCUAAAGAUGCAGGGAUGCCCAUUCAGGGCCAGCCUUGCUUCUGCAAAUAUGCGCAGGGGGCAGACAGCGUGGAGCCCAUGUUCCGGCAUCUCAAGAACACCUACUCUGGACUCCAGCUUAUUAUCGUCAUCUUGCCGGGGAAGACACCAGUGUAUGCGGAGGUGAAACGUGUAGGAGAUACACUUUUGGGUAUGGCUACACAGUGUGUUCAAGUCAAGAAUGUCAUAAAAACAUCCCCUCAGACUCUCUCAAACCUGUGCCUAAAGAUAAAUGUUAAACUCGGAGGGAUAAAUAAUAUUCUUGUACCUCAUCAAAGACCUUCUGUGUUCCAGCAACCAGUGAUCUUUUUGGGAGCAGAUGUCACUCAUCCACCAGCUGGUGAUGGGAAGAAGCCUUCUAUUGCUGCUGUUGUAGGUAGUAUGGAUGCCCACCCAAGCAGAUACUGUGCUACAGUAAGAGUUCAGAGACCCCGACAGGAGAUCAUCCAGGACUUGGCCUCCAUGGUCCGAGAACUUCUCAUUCAGUUUUAUAAGUCAACUCGGUUCAAACCUACUCGUAUCAUCUUUUAUCGGGAUGGUGUUUCAGAGGGACAGUUUAGGCAGGUAUUAUAUUAUGAACUACUAGCCAUUCGAGAAGCCUGCAUCAGUUUGGAGAAAGACUAUCAACCUGGAAUAACCUAUAUUGUAGUUCAGAAGAGACAUCACACUCGAUUAUUUUGUGCUGAUAGGACAGAACGGGUCGGAAGAAGUGGCAAUAUCCCAGCUGGAACAACAGUUGAUACCGAUAUUACACAUCCGUAUGAGUUUGACUUUUACCUCUGUAGCCAUGCUGGAAUACAGGGUACCAGCCGUCCUUCACACUAUCAUGUUUUAUGGGAUGAUAACUGCUUUACUGCAGAUGAACUUCAGCUGCUAACUUACCAGCUCUGCCACACUUAUGUGCGCUGUACACGAUCUGUUUCUAUACCUGCACCAGCGUAUUACGCUCACCUGGUGGCAUUUAGAGCCAGAUAUCAUCUCGUGGACAAAGAACAUGACAGUGCUGAAGGAAGCCACGUUUCAGGACAGAGCAAUGGGCGAGAUCCACAAGCUCUUGCCAAGGCUGUACAGAUUCACCAAGAUACCUUACGCACAAUGUACUUUGCUUAAAAAGUCCAAGAAUGUUCUCUGAGAGGAAGAACCGAAAGAUGAAUCGACAUACAACGUAUGUUUCCAGUGGAGUCAGUUGAGUGGUGAUGCCUCCAACCAUACAGAAACCAACACUGUUUGGGGGCCAGGGUCUGAUCUUUAUGUUGAUGCAAGGAAGAUUGUUUACUUCAUCAAGGAACACAGCACCAUUAUGCAAUAUGAAACCAGCCAACUGCUUUUUUGUGCGGUCUCCUGUAGGAAGUAUCGCAGUUGUUUUGUUUUCACUUUCUUGUAGUCUAACCCUUUUAAUGCCUUUACCUCAAGUUGCUUGGCAGCACAACUAUCUUUGCAAAAAAAGUAAAGAAAAAGAAAAUGAUGGUUUUAAAAAAAAACACACACCUACAUGAAUAAUCAAAGUGAUUGUUCACAAUUAUGUGUGCAAAAAAAAUAACGUGCAUUCAUGUAUUCUUGUAAAAGGUAUCUAUGUAUAUUUUAAAUAUAUACAUGCAUACUUCAUAUGCAUAUAUAUCUGGAUCUACAUUGAUAAUAGAUAUAUAUGUGUCUAUGUAUAUAUUUUAUAGUUCAUUCCAUUGGGGAACUUUCUUUCCCUCUUAUUCCCCCAUCACGACUUUUCUUUCUUUCUCGACCUGCCUUGCCUUCACCACCUACAUUUUUUUUCCUAAUGCUACCAGUGACAUUCAGAUGUUCCUGUAUCUGGUUCCUUUGAAUAUGAAGCAUGGCAAACUAGAUUUUAAUUUUUAUUUUGCACACCCUACUCCUGUCUCUUGUCUCAUACACAAUUCUGAAUCCUCAACUCUUGAUAGUGCUUUCUUAAGAAACAGAAUUAUUUUAUAUAUAUAUAUUUGUUUUUGUGAGAGUGUGUGUCUGCCCCCUCCUGCUCUGAACUUACAUUUGCCAUUUGUGCAAUGUGUACAUAAGCAGUAGCAACCUAAACUAUUCUUUUUCUUUAGUGAGUUUGUUAAAGCUGCUAUAAAUAUAAAA